AUGACCAUUAGAAACACUCUCCGGGAUCAUGGACAGAGGUAUCGACCACGGAUGGCUUGUCUCAAGAAGACGGAGAAGGUGCUGUUGGAGAUGCAGGACCCCAAAACAGGAGUGAGGUCCCAGCCUCAGAGACUGGUUAUCACCACAAUACCACACGCUAUUACUGGUGAAGACAUAAUUGCGUGGUUAGCGGACAGAUUCCAAGUAGACACACAAGAGGCGAGGACGUUUGGCUCUAUGCUGGUGGCGUUGGGAUACAUCUACCCUCUACAAGACCACAAACGCUUAGUGAUCAAACCAGACGUGUCCCUUUAUCGCUUCCAGACACCGUACUUCUGGCCCACACAGCAGUGGCCUGUUGAGGAUACAGAUUAUGCAAUUUACCUGGCAAAAAGAAACAUACGUAAGAAGGGAAUCCUGGAGCUGCAUGAGCAGGAGCACUAUAACCGUCUUCACAAGUGGAUGAAUCAUAAAUGGGAUUUCAUAGUGAUGCAAGCUAAAGAACAGUACAGGGCUGCGAAGGAGAGGAAGAAACCGGACCGUGUGGUGUUUGACUGCCAGGAGAGAGCCUACUGGGUGGUUCACAGACCUCCACCAGGGACAGUGAGCGCCAUGGACUAUGGACUGGAUCGACUUACAGAUCCAAACUCAGACGAGGCUAAAACACCCGACUUCUAUGAGAGAAUCAUGAUCUUUACCCAGCAGUCCAUCAUGAGGCCCAGAGUGAAGUCAUCUGUGUCCAUUGGCGCAUUGGUGAAAUACUGUGGCACCUACAACAACCACGACCCUUUCCUCUUCAAGUGUCUUCCCAGCAACCCCUGGCUCACUGACGAUGUCACAUACUGGAACUUGAACAUGCCCUGUGUGGAAAUACCAACAAAAAUGCGUGUGGAGAGGUGGACAUUCAGCUUCGCAGAGCUGCUGUCAGAUCCUCGAGGACGAGAUGACUUCAGACUCUUCUUGAAGAAAGAAUUCAGCGGUGAGAACUUGGCAUUCUGGGAGGGUUGUGAAGAUCUGAAGUGGGGCGAAGCCGCGACAAUCAAAGAGAAAGCAGAACAUAUCUACAAGACAUUCCUGGCACGUGGUGCGCCGCGGUGGAUCAACAUCGACGGCAAGACGAUGGAAGUCACGGUGAAAGGCCUGAAACACCCACACAGAUACGUCCUGGACCCCGCCCAAACUCACAUCUACAUGCUCAUGAAGAAGGACUCGUACGGCCGAUAUCAGAAAUCUCCGGUGUUUAAGGAUACCGUGAAGAAAGCCAUCUGUCCAGAGGAGCACAAUUUCAGCGUUGCCCAGUUGGAGCAGAAUGCAAAGAAGAGACGGCCCAGUCUCAGCCCCAUCAUCCUCCGGCAGAUGGAGAAGGAGCAGAGGGCAAAGAUGGCCGCCAAUGUUGACAUCACACAGCUGUGCCGCUUCACCACUCCUAUCCCCCACCUCGCCGUCUACUCUGGCAUCACUGACUUCCCCACUGCCACCACCUCACCCUCCCUCACCUUCCUGGCCCACACCCCGGCUUGCCCGUCCCCCAUCAGCGUGGCCUUGGACAGCACCUCGGCCUCUGAGCGGCGAGUGGAGGCCGGUGGAGGAGAAGGCGAGGGGAACCCUGCGGCUCGAGCCCCGGUAUGUGGAAAUGUGUCCAAGUCUCGCAUGGCUCUGUCCCUGCGUCGCCUGCUGAAGCGCGGCUGCACCCCCGCCACCAUGUUCGCCAGCUUGUCGCCCAAAUGCCACUCAGCUGCCGGGACAAGUAGCCGCAUUCAGCCGAUCAGCCCGGAUCAACCCAGUCAGCCUCCACCGAGACGGAUCGGCAAUUUUUUCCAGAUUAAAGUGGAUAUUCCUCCAGAGUGCCGUAUCUACCCCAUAGAGUCUGAGGACGAGGAGGAGGAGAGCAGAUCUGCCUCUCGGGGAGGAGUCGGAGCCAAAGAGAUCAUCUGCCCCUGGGAGAGCCUUACUCCACAGAACGGGACGGGUUAAUUGGUUGCAUUUACACAUGUAUCAAAAAAAGAAAAUGUUUUUUUUAUUUUUUUUAUCUGUGUUUUAGCAGGCGGAAUAUUCCCAUGAACAGUGACAGAGAUACACGACCUCAUACAGAGCAUAAAGGGGUUAUAUCCCUGUGUAAAUGUGGCCACAUUCUCACCACCAGGCCACAACGUAAAUACCAAACAACAUGACGCAUAAGGUUCUGUAACACUCCAGAGAUGGCUGUUUAGACUUGGCAUCAAGUUUUAACUCCUUAAAGGAAACUUACUGUAUGUUAAGAGAGUCAGACGCACACUGAAUGUGUGUAUGCUUGAAAGCACCCAGUGUCAUGUCUGCUGCAGCAUAAUCCUCUUCUCCACCGUCCACAUUUUAAAAACAAAUCACCACAUUCAUAUUUCUCCAAAAUAUGGCUAAAUACAGUGUUUUCAGCUGUUUACCAUUGAGCCUUAAUUCCUCCAGUGCAACUCUUUCCCUCUAAGAAAUGCUUGACUCGUUGUGUAUUACUACCUCCACCAAGGAGCUUGUGUUUUCAGUUUGGUUUGUUUGUCCUUCUGUCAACAGGAUUACGGGAAAGGUACUGGCCAGAUUAUCAUGAAACUUGGUGGAAGGGUGUAGAAUUUGCCAAGGAAGAACCCACAAACCUUUGGAGCGGAUACAAAUCACGUAUAGUAUAGAAUUUAUUUCCCCCACUUCGGUUAACAUUGCAAGAUAGGGCAUGUCCUUGGCGAAGGUUCUGCACUCUCCAAGAGCCCUUCUGGUUUAUUCCUUUAACUGGUGAAUGAUAUGUUCUUUACAUUGUGUUUUGGCUCUUACAGAAGACAUAAUCUUGGUGUCCUAUGGCACGGCAGCAGAAGUUGCAUUCAACCAUAUUUUGGCACAUUUGGUGUUUGGAACAAACCUGCGUCUUACAAGCCAACAGACAGUUAAGAGUUUGUUACUCAAAAUGUAAAAAGAACCUGUUUUUGGUGGAGUAUUCCUUUAGCUACAGCCUUAUUGACUUUAACCCUUCCUGAUGUGAGCACCAGCUGAGCCAGCUGUUGAGGUUGGUUGCUUAGUUUUGUGAGGCGCAGCUCCACUAGAGGACUACAGGGUGUAACGCACAUCCACACGCUUUGGAAACUUGAGCUGUAGCUUUGACAUUCAAACCUCAUUCUGUAUUUAUUAAUGAACAGUAGCCCGACAGCAGCCUUAUCCACCGUCACAUACCUGAACUAAUUUGUGUUGUUUUUGGCGUUUCUACAAAGCAGGCAUGUGCACAGACAUUCAGGGCCACAAGAUAACAAAAACUAUAACUGAAGAGAAAUACAUUAUUUUUGUGAUUGCCAAAGAGCGUAAAUAAAAGUUCUACAAAAAAUACAUUCAUGUUUCCUAAACUGUGAUGAGCCAAAGCAGACAGACAUAUUUGGACUCUGUCUGUGCAUAUGCCUGCUAAAAAUAUGGAUAAUGUAUUUAUAUAUUUAUUGGAUAAUGAUCAGUUUUCUGAAGUAGAGAAGUGUUCUUGUGCUGCUCAAUAGAUUUAGAUGCCGCAUCCGCAAUUUACUUACCUCUUACAAAACAUUAUGUGAAAAUCACUGAGUAGAUGCAGUUCAGGUAAAGUGAGAGGGGGGAGGGGGGGGGGUGUAAUAGUUUUGUAUUUAGCUCCACUGCUGUUUUGUAGCUGUCGUAUACUGUGCACUACUCUGAGCGAUGUUUUGAUAUUUUUCUCAUGCGUCUCUCCGUUGAGGGGGAACAGUACAAUGUGAAUGAAUCUGUCAGAGUGUAUUAUCUUUACCAUGUUUACAGAUGCAAGAAUGUGAAAAAUACCUUAAAUUUGUUGUAUUUGAUAUGUACAUUCCACGGCUUGUGUGAAGUGCCUCAAUAAAUGACUGUCUUAACACAAAAAGGUCCCCCUUCUUAAUGAGAUGCUGCCUUUACAUGUUCACUUAAAGGGUCAGUUCAUCCAAAUUGUAAAAAAAAAAAACACUUUUCAAAUAUCUGGACAUGCAGAUCGUUUUGGUUUCAUGUGCCCAAGAAGGGGAAUAGAUGUGUCUCUUUCCUGGUUACCAGACAAUCCAGAAGUUUUUUGAGAGGGACUUUUUCUUUAUAGAAAGUAUAUUUCAAGGAAAACUGUUCAUGGUGUAAAUUAUCCAGAGUGACUUGGACAAGAGACAUUGCUGUAAAAUGUUCUAAAUGUAAUUUUUCAAUGCUGACUAAACAAAUAAACAAAAACAAUUCCUUUCA